ACUGGGUUGCGGUGUGGAGGGUCGUGAGGCGUGGGGAUGUGAACUUUAACCAACGAAAACGAACUUGAACGUUUGUUAUUUUACUCUAGAGAGAAAAGGGAUACGGUAUCUCGGCGAUAGAAAUACGCGUGACGGUUGGGAAUGAAGAAUGGUACUGCGAUUCUGUCCGUUCUGCGCUAAUCUUCUCAGGUUCCGGGUGGACACGCCGGGCCCUGUCUCCGAUCGGAAUCGAUUCGCGUGUCCCACGUGUCCGUACAUAUAUCAAAUAAGCAAGGAGGGCUUGAGAUCGCGCACCUAUUUCAUGGGCAAGAAGCUCGCCGACAUCCUCGAUUCCAAGUCCGCGUUGUUGGGUCAGCAGGCGACAGAGGAGCGUUGCCCCAAGUGCUCACAUCCACGUGCCUACUUCGAACAGAGGCAGACACGGUCUGCCGAUGAGCCUAUGACGCUCUUUUACACAUGCUGCUCAUGCAGUUACAAGUGGCGGGUCGAUUAAACUUGCAGAAGCUUUGGAAUUCCGCGAGCAUUCGAUGUAUCAUGAGCCCUAGUUCCAUGGGUCCCAUGAAAGUCAUAAUGAAUAAGGCCAAGGGAGAGCUAAAGAUGCUCGAGGCGAAGAUGCCAGAGGAGAAGCACUUCUUUUGCGGCGGCGACCGGAGCGUCGCAAUCGCGGCGGAGCUGCUGCGGCAGGGCAAGGUAAUCGCGGUGCCGACGGACACGGUCUACGGUCUCGCCUGCCUGGGUGCGAAUUCGUGUGCUAUUCAGCGGCUGUACGAGAUCAAGCGGCGGGACGAGGGUAAGCCGCUGGCGAUUUGCCUGAGCAAUGUCAAUGAGGUAGGUACGUGGGGCUGCCUGGACGACGUGCCGGCCGGCAUGCUGGAAAGUCUGCUUCCCGGGCCGUACACGAUAUGCCUGCGGCGCACGCGCGCCCUGAACCACGCCCUGAACCCCGGCCUUGACACCGUGGGUAUCCGCGUACCCAACGACAAGUUCGUGCGCAGCGUCGCUCAGAUUGUCGGCCCACUCGCGCUCACCAGCGCCAACGUCAGCAACGAGCCAAGUAGUCUGCACCCGGACGAGUUCCGUGCGCUGUGGCCGGAGCUCGAUGGAAUCUUCUACGGCCAUAAGAACUCGAAGAAGCAGAUCGAUCAACGUAGGGUUGGUUCCACCGUGGUGGAUGUGUCGAAGCCGGGUUGUUUUACGGUCGUGCGUCAUGGCAUCGGCGCGAGUAUCAUUAUUGGGACAUUACGCAAGUACGGUUUGAAAAAGAUCACCGAUACGUCGGAGUAACGCUAUUAUGCGACAUGUGAUUGAAUUCUUGGUAUUAAGUUAUGAGCGUAUCUAGGAAUUAUGUGUUACUUAGUAAUGUUGAUAAUUUGUACAACUUUGAAGAUGUAAAUACAAAAGAUUAUGGAUAUUUUAUAUUAUUUCUUUGUAUCGCAUAUUACUAUAAUACAAGUUAAACUGAAAAGACAACAUAAAGUUGUUAAAAGUUACAAUUGAACAGUAUGUAAAUAUGUAUAUAAAUGUGACUAAAACUUGA